AUGGGCGUUCUCACACUCCACGAGGACCGGCCGACGCCCAAGUCUGUCUACAAUUGGCGAGUGUAUGCCCUCGCCGGUAUCGCAUCAUGCGGUUCCAACAUGAUCGGUUACACCAGUGCCUUCAUCGGUACCACCAUCACAUUAAGCUCGUUCAAGGCGGAAUUCGGCUUGGACAAGCUGAGCUCAGCGGAACGGAGUCUGAUCAGUGAGAACAUUGUCUCGCUUUUCAUCGCCGGUGCCUUCUUCGGUGCUCUUGGAACAUACGCCCUAGGCCACUUCGUGGGUCGCAAAUGGAGUUUAGCAGUUGCGGCUGCUGUCUUCGCUCUCGGAUCUGGAUUGCAACUCGGUGCCAACAGUGCCCGAGGACUGGGUAUUCUCUACGCUGGCCGUGUGCUAUCUGGUCUAGGAACUGGUGUUGCAUCGAACAUUAUUCCCAUCUAUCUUUCCGAGCUGGCGCCACCAGCCAUCCGAGGUCGGCUGGUCGGUCUGUAUGAGCUGGGCUGGCAAAUCGGCGGUAUGCUCGGUUUUUGGAUCAACUACGGUGUUGAGCAACAUAUGCCUUCCGACCACGAGCAGUGGAUCAUCCCCUUUGCGAUUCAGCUAGUGCCCUCGGGUCUCCUGUUUGCUGGAGCCCUGUGGAUCAAGGAAUCGCCCCGCUGGCUUUUCCUCAAGGACCGUCGCCGUAAGGCGAUGGAGAACCUUUGCUGGAUCCGCCAAUUGGACGCAGACGACAUUUACAUCAGCGAGGAGGUUGCCGCUAUUGACCAGGCUUUGGAGCACCAGCGGUCCACCAUUGGUAUUGGAUUCUGGAAGCCAUUCCAGGCCCUCGCUACUCGUCCUAAUGUGAUGUACCGUCUGAUGCUCGGAUGUAUGCUCUUCUUCUGGCAGAAUGGCUCCGGUAUCAACGCCAUUAACUACUACUCGCCCACUAUCUUCAAAUCGCUCGGUGUUGACAGUGACACCACCAACCUGAUGACCGGUAUCUUCGGUGUGGUCAAGGCCGUGAUGACCUUCGUGUGGCUUCUCUUCCUAGUCGACCAAUUCGGCCGACGUAACCUUCUCCUCGUCGGUGCCAUCACCGGUUCCAUCUGUAUGUGGAUCAUUGGCGCCUACAUCUGCGUCGUCAAGCCCGAAGACCACCCCAGCGACCACCUGAACGGCGGCGGUAUCGCCGCCAUCUUCUUCUUCUACCUGUGGACCGCGGUCUACACCCCCACCUGGAACGGAACACCCUGGGUCAUCAACUCAGAGUUCUUCGACCCCAACUUCCGUUCCCUCGCCCAGGCCGCCACCACCGCCAGCAACUGGCUCUUCAACUUCCUCAUCUCCCGCUUCACCGAGCAGAUGUUCGAAGCCAUGGGCUACGGAGUGUACAUGUUCUUCGCUGCCCUGUCCUUCCUGGCCUUCUUCUUCGCCUUCUUCCUCAUCCCCGAGACUGGUGGUAUUCCUCUCGAGAAGGUCGAUCGUCUCUUCGAGUGCAAGCCCAUCUGGCGAGCGAACAAGAUCCUCAAGGAGCAACUGCGCGAGGAGGAGGAGCAGUUCCGCUUCGAUGUUAAGGAACAUGCUUACCAUGAGGAGAACACCGGCGCUGGCGAGCCGGCCCCUGCGACUACCGCACCUCAGGAUGAGGAGGCGCACAAGUACGCUUAG